GAUCAUGUAUCCUUCCAAAGGGACGGUUGCUAUAUCGAGGGUAUACAAAGCAUACGUGCACAAUUUUUCGGAGGCAAGGCAUUACUCUCAAUAUGUCGACGGGUCUAUCACGAAGCCGUCACUACGUUUCUGAAAGUAAUACCUGGACCAUUGCAUCAGGACGCUGUUCAUCUAGAUUCCAGGUUGUCACACUUUUACAAGACGCAACAAUCUUCUUGAGCGCACUUUGUUCCCAAUCCGGAUUGCUAAAGAACUUGACGAUCGAUAUGGUGGGAACAUGUUCCCCCACGUGUCAAGACGAUCAUAUCUCUCGUGAUAUCCAGGAUUCAUACCUCGAUCUAGCCACCACUAUCGGGUUCAAAGACUUGGUGAAAGAGCUCCACAAGCCUUCCAACAACGCUAUCGACGUAGAGACUGUGUUUGGUACUCCAUUCAACCAUCCAGGUUGCUUAUCAACCACUCUAGCUAAUUCCGGCCUUGACCUCUCUCGUCUGAACAACGUACUCCGACUUCUAGUCCAGGAUCCUCUCGGCUUUCUCAAAUACGGCGAUGCAGUACACGAAACUCUUGUUGAGAGAGAUGGCAGAACAGGAUGUAUCUUCUUUGGUCGCUCGUUCUCAGACUGGAAUCAUAAGCAGUAUUUCCGCGUUUCCGAAAACGGCAACGCAAUAACUCUUAUUCCUCUCCUCAAAUUGGACAACAUACUGAAACUGCCACGAAAUAUCAGAAGCGAGAUAAUCAAGCACGUCACACAGUGCGGAUCUCCACUCUCUUAUCAAAAGACUAUAACCUUCGACCUGGACAAGAGGACAUGUGCGGACGGAAGCUCGGUUCUGGCUUCUGUGUGUCGAAAACUUAGACUGGAGAGCCCCAGUCAAUUCCAGUUAACCAGCAAGUGUGUAAUCAAAACGGCUUCCAAGGACAAACGUACCAACUUUGAGAGAUUUUGCAAACUGGAGAAAUUUUGGUGUAUUGCCAGAUCGGCACAGUUUCCUUGGCGCGGCAGGGAACAAUAUACCCUUCAACACUUGGACUGUUUGCUUGAAGUCGAAGCAGCGACCAUUCUCGAGAGUCUCCGUAUUAAUAUACUCGAUUUCCUUCAUAUCACUUCUACUGUAGGAAGCAAAAAAGGAAGGCUUACCAUAUCUGCGAUGCGAGGCCAGGGCGAAGCUCCACUGAAUACUUCAAUAACUUUCAACGAAUUACGUUGGUACGUCCUAAUAGCUCUAACCGAGUUCACCCGCAAGCACCCGGAUGCCAACCGCAAUCUUUGCGUCAACAUCUGGAUCAAUGAUCUCGGUCAAGUUAUUGAGAUCGAGAGCACAGAUACUACGAUGGAUCCUCAAGAGUACAUACGAAAGUACACACCCUGGAGCACACAUCGCCGUGCCAUCUUCCGAGGAUACGGCAUCCCAAUACGAGACGGCUUUGACUAUUCGCGCUAUACUCUGCCUGCCGAGGCUUUCGACGGCUCUGCACGCUUUUAUAUCGGCUGGCUCCAGCGUUGUGGGCUUGGUCGGAAUCCGGACCAUUGGCCUGAUGCCUGUGAGUUGUUGUGAGAUCUGUUGUUGAGUGUGGGAUAUGCGGAUUGCUAUAAAUUUCCAGAUUUCGGAUGCGUAGGGAAGGCUAGAAUGUCGUGCGUGCAAUCUAAUAGCGCGACUACACUGAUUCGGAAGGCGGUGGGUCACCGGAU